ACAAAUAUCCGGAUGUGUUUUGCGUGGUAGAACGUUAUAGCUCUGCAUAUUUGCUCAAAUCUCAUUUAUGAAAUAUAAGUUAGUAGAUAAAACAAAACACGGUUUAAGAUGUCCCUGUUUGUUUUAUUUGAUAAGUUUGUUUGAGAUUAUUGGACUGUAUUCGACCAAAGUCUGAAUACGAUGUAUGUAUAAUUCCUGUUAUGGAUUUUGUGUUGUUAGUUAUAGGUUCACCUAGCCAUUUACAAGUUUCUUUAUUUAUUUUUGUGAUGAACAGAAACAUGGCGAUCAUCAAGUUACAUGUAUCAUUCGGAGUAGGAAUAAUUUUGAUAUGCUGUGUACAUCACUCAUUACAAGACUGUCCAAAGCCUACCAAUGUCGACCCUAACCUUGUGAUAUCGCCUGAUCAAUCUACACACCAAACUUAUUACCCAAUCACCCUCAGUUGCCCAUCUGGAUACGAACUCACAGGGCCAGACACUUGCUACUGUGGCGAAGAUGGUUCCUGGAGUCCUGAUCCGAGUAAUGCGAGAUGCGAAGUUGCAACAGUACCUUGCUCCAAACCGAACGUCACUGAUCCAGACAUAGUUUUCACACCGGACAAGACAUCCUAUGAUACUGAUGAAACUGUCACGGCUUCGUGUUCCAGUGGAACCAUACAUGGAGAUGAUGUGGGUGUUUGUCUUGAUGAUGGAACAUGGGAGUUCAGCUCUGAGCCAUCCUGCAAGAGUGAUUGUCUUUCUCCACCGAACACCAAUGACACGACGGGUAGCUACCCUCAUGCAGAGACAGUGACAUUCUUUUGCCGUGAAGGAUUCGAAUUAGCAGGCGGAGGGAAUUCAAACGAAUUAACGUGUGAUGAUGGGAGCUGGGAUCUCGAAUUCAAUUGCGAAUCUGCUGGUUGCCCUUUGCCAUCUGUUCCAACUGAUGUAGAUAUCGAAUUAGAUCCUAAUCAUGCUGAAGGCGAUUCGUAUGAGGUCCACUCAAGUGUAGUCCUCAAGUGCAUCGGGGACAGGACCUUGUCUGGCCCAGGUUUUUCCUAUUGCAACGAGACUAGCCAAUGGGACCCGGAUCCUAUGACCAUUAAGUGCCGUGAUCAGUGUUUGACGCCGUCAUUCGAUGACUCUCGGAUCAUUCAUACCUCGCAUCUCACGGGGAACUCCGGCCAGUCCUUCUAUGAUCACACCGAUACUAUCAAAUUAUCCUGCGAAGAUGGCAUCUUUGUUGAUGGUCCUUGGAAGUCCGCUUGUAAAGAUGGGGUGUGGUCACCUCCGAUCGGCGGCUACCGUCCGGUUUGCAAAAAGAACUGCACCGUACCAGAGAACAUGUCGAACGAAGGGGCGGUGUUUCAACAUUCUAAACGUCACACAUUCGCGUGUAACGAUACCCCUGGUAUGGUACGUAUGGGAGGACCAUUGUCAGUCUGCUCGGAUGAGGUCUGGACGCCAAGAAUACGCUGUGCAUUGAAAACAGAUCUGAGAAGUGAGCUCUAACUUCAGAUGGCAUUUAGGAGGGCGUGACUGUUACCAAUUGUCUGUAUCUUCGUCUUCUAAUUCAGCCUGCUUUUUUUUUCUUUCAUAUUAGUCACUUUUCUUUAUUCUAUCAUUGUAUCUUUCAUUUUUUAUAAUACUUUUAAUUUACUUAUUCACCAUUAUCUUUCACCUCUAUUCUUUUAGCUCAUUUUUUAUGUUUAUUAUAUUAUAUUUUUUAAAGACGUGUUUAGUUAAAUGUAGCUCUUGUUCAUGUCUUUCAUUUUUCUUAAUGCAUCAAUCUUUAAAAUUAUUUUUUCCGUUAUUUCCUUUAGCGAUUCAAAUCCUCCACCUUCUUGUUCUUGUUCUCAUUCUCCAUUUCUUCUUUUCUUCUUCUGCUUCUUUUUCCUUUACUUCUUCUUCUUGCUCCCAAGUACACAAGUAAAUGUACAAUAAUUUGCGUUACACUUUUGUUAAGUGCUUGCUUUUUGUUAUGUUUUGCUUUGUUUGUAAAAUACAAUAAAGCGUAUGUCAAAUGGAAUAUAGGCUUCAUGUGCUUAGUAUUUGCUUCACAAUUGUGUUAGUAUGAUUAAAAAAGGCCUAGCCUAAAAGAGUUAUAUUGAAAAAAUAUUGAUGGAUUACUUUAAGAUACAUUUAUUUAGAAAGCAAUUAAUCAGUAAUUAUAAUUUAAUUUUAUACUUUUAUAUGGCCGUGGUGGUAAGCAGUUCUGUAACUGAAAAUGCUACCAUGUGUAAAUAAAACUACAAAUAAAUGAAUAGAUAAAUAAAUAGGUGAAAAUAACUAAAUAACAAGGGAUCCAGUCCCUCCUUUCAUAAGCUUUGUUUUGGCCUGUUUUCGUCUUAUUUUCUUACAAUAAUAUUAUUGUUUUUACUAAAUUAUUUUGCCUAUUAAGUUGAGAUUUGUAUUAUUUUUAUUCCAUGAUCUUCAUAAUUUAUAGCAGAUAUUUGGACGAUGGAGUAUUCGUUAUUAAUAGAUUGAGUUUUCAUUUGUCAAGUUCAGACAGUGUGGCUGCAUAAUGGUUAGUAUCGGUCAUGUUCGCUCAUUUGGUUUACGUAGCAGACGAUGCUAGCCUGCUAGUAUAUAGUAUAUUUACGCAGACCCUAUUGCAAAUCAAAAUCAAAUGCGGACUCGAUAUUUGCUUCCUCAAACUGUAGCUAUAUCAUAAAUAUCAGAAGGCAAAGCUUUAUAGUACAAGAACAUUGUUACUUUCAAUAUUAAAUGCGUUAAUUAAGUUUGUUUGGACUGUAUUAAUUGUUUCAAAUAAAAAGGGUCUAGGAACGGAAACUAUCAUACGUUAGUCACGUGACGUUGUCCACAGAAAUAAUAUGUUCUGCCUGCUCGAUCUCAAAGUUUGGGAGAAAAAUAAGAUGUAACCAUUAUACCAGUCAUAAAGUAUUAUACAUCAAACUGUAGGUAAUCUAUUUAGCAAUCUCGACCUUUUUUACCCUUAGGGAUAUUCCAGUGGGAAAACAAUGGUGCCAGUGUCUCGAAAAUAUGGAUGAUUUCAGACCGUUUGCCAUAGCAAGAGUUGUGAACAUGGACACUUUCAAAUGAACAGCGAGACGUAAAUAGUGAAUUAAUCAAAUUAAUGGAGUUUGAUAAAAUGUUCACACUAUUAUCAAUCUGGUGUGAGAUUAUUAAUAGUUAUAAAGAUAUACCCGGAUGUCUGCAAUAUUACGUUCAUGAAAACCACUGUUCCGGGCUGUGUUUAAGCUGUGUGUAUGGACUUUCGGACACUCAAACGCACGCGACUAACCAUUAUGUGAACAUCAAUUUAGUUCAAUUCAAACAUGUGAAUUAACUUGUAUUGUUUAUUGUUAUUUUUUAGAUUUAAAACGUAAUUUCAUAUGAAGCUCUACAAUGAAAUCCACCCUCUCAAGUCUUGUUCAUGUGUGUAUAGAAAUUAUCGAAUUAAAAAGCCUUUGAUUGAAA